ACACCGCUUCGGAGCGAGCGCCCGCCGUCAAGUUUCUGUCACGCGCCAGUCGCCUGACCGUCCACAUUGCGUUACGGUCGUGCGCGCGUCGUUGUUCGCGAGCGUCGCCGGUACGUCCCGGACUGCACGUUUCCCGCGCGCGCGAGUUUUCUUCCCCGUUUCCGCGUCCGAACCGGCCGGUAUCCACCGACACCGGUAUAACAAUAAUUAUAGUACACGUCGGUUCGUGAACCGCGGUACCACUACAAGUACCACUACCGCCACCGCCACCGCCACCGGGUGCGGUAACGCGAUUUCGGCAAGCGUUCCACGGUCUACCGUGACCACGAAGACGACGAAGAUCCCGCAGUCCGGUAUGUACGACGCGGGUUGACAGCCGAGUCACUCGCAACACGAUCCGCCGCCGGCGACGGCAAAGACUUUUUUUUUAUUCGCUCACCGCGGCCGACCGAACGGCUUUUACUCUUGCGUCGCACGUUACACCGUUAACCCGUCCGAUUCGGCAACGAAAUGGUCCGUCCUGCGGUCUUGGCUUUGGCGCUGCUGUUCUGGCUGAACGCCCGUCCAGGAGGAGUUUCGGGUCAAGGUCCGAUACGUCAGAUAUUCGCUGUCGUUCACGGGACGGCGUCGUUACCAUGCGACAUCGCACCACCAAUACCGCAUGAACCCUUGGACACAGUGAUCCUAGUAGUCUGGUACAGAUAUGAAAAAACGGCGAUUUACAGCGUGGACAUCCGAGACAAGUUUACGGACCCGAACAAGUCCCAUUGGAAAGAUCACAUGUUGGAGGGCCGGUCGCACUUCCGCAUGCUCUCCGAACCGGCUAUGCUGACCAUCGAUAACGUGUCUGAGAACGACGCCGGCAUCUACAGGUGUCGGGUAGACUUCAAGAACUCGCCGACGCGCAAUUCCAGGCUCAACCUGACGGUCAUCGUUCCACCGCAAAAACCAGUUAUCUUGAGCGAGUACAACGAAGAGAUAGAUCACACAGGACCGUUUUACGAAGGCGACCGAGUGAAAAUGACAUGCAUGGUAUCCGGAGGUCGUCCUGAACCGAAGAUCAGAUGGUGGCGUGGAGAAACGCUGAUGGACACGGGCAACGAAGGGAUUUCGGACCAGCUGUACUCGUACUCGUCGGUCAAGAAGAACCAACUGACCAUCGAAGCCCUCGGUCGGUACGACCAAGGGGCCGUGUUCACUUGCCAGGCAUCAAAUAGCAACCUGUCCGCGCCCGUCAGCGCCAGCGUCACGAUUGAAAUGUUCCUGAAACCGUUGGUUGUGCAAGUGCUCAGCAGCAGGCAGCCGCUCAGCGCCGGUCGGACGUACGAGAUACAGUGCCAAGCGAUGGGUUCCAAGCCACCGGCCAACAUAACAUGGUGGAAGGACAACGAACGCCUAACCAACGCCACGCAGACCGUAUCACCCGAUGGCAAUGUUACAUCGUCCAAAUUAACGUUCAAACCGACAAAAUCUGACAACGGAAAAUCAUUAAUAUGCCGAGCCGAGAACGACCAAGUGCGACAGCAGUUAGACAAUUCAGCUGGUAAAGUGGAAGAUACAUGGAAGAUUGAUGUGCACUACGUGCCGUUAUUGAAACUGGCAUUAGGUAUUAAUAUGAAUCCAGCCGACAUCGAAGAGGGUGAUGAUGUGUAUUUCGAGUGCAAAAUUGAUGCCAACCCGCUAUCAUACAAAGUGAUCUGGAAGCAUAACGGUCAAGUGGUCUUGGGAAGUACAAAAAGCGGCGUGAUUAUAAAUCAAAAUGACCUAGCACUUCAGAACGUCAAGAGACAACAGGCGGGCAACUAUUCGUGUUUGGCUAGCAACGUGGAGGGAGAUGGCGAGAGUAACGUCGUCCGACUAAUGGUCAUGUACAAACCGGUGUGCAAACAAAAUCAAAAGCUGACGUACGGCGUGGCCCGGAACGAGAACACGGAAAUCGUGUGCGAGGUGGACGCGUACCCGGCGCCGGAAGUGUUCAAGUGGACGUUCAACAGGACGGGCGGCCCGGCGUCCGAGAACGGCAACAACGAGGUGGUGCAGCACACGGGCAAUGGCGGCAGCGGAGAGGGUGGCCGCGCGGGUGGCUCGUCGUCCGCCGGGCUCGGCACCCUGUCCUCGGUGCUCAACUACAGCCCCACGGCCGUCGGGAUGGGCGGCGUCGCAGACAACGAUUACGGCACCGUCACCUGUCGCGCGUCCAACACCGCCGGCCAGCAGAUGGAACCGUGCGUGUUCCACGUUAUCGCCGCCGUGAGACCGGACCCGCCAUUCAACUGCACUUCUGGUGACCGGACGUUGUCCUCUGUACGCGUGUGGUGCGCACAAGGGUUCGACGGCGGCGUCACGCAGCGGUUCGCGCUCGAGGCGUACGACUCGGCUGGCCACGUGGGCCCGGACGCCGACGGCCCGGACAACUCGGUGGACGGCGGUCCCGCGGUGGCCGCGGACGGACCGGCGCCCCAGCUACUGGCCAACAUGACGGCCGACCGGCCGGACUUCACGAUCCAGCGGCUGCCGCGGACCGCCGGUCUCCGGUUGGCCGUGUACGCGUACAACUCGCGCGGCACCAGCGACCGCACGUGGCUGACCGCCUACACUCUGAACUCGGCCGACAAGCAGACCACUUCCGGUUCUUCGGUGGUCGGUAACGGCGCGAACAACCGUCUGCACGUGACGCCCGUGGUGGCCGGCCUGUUGGCCGUCACCGCCGUGUCAGCCGUAGUCGCAGGUGUCGUGAUGUGCGCGCUCCGCGUGCGCUCGCGGCGGCACACAGACCAGCGGCGGGUGGACGUACACGGCGGCAUGGGCACCGGCAGCAUCAUGGGCGGUGGAGCGGGCGGAGGGGCGGCUGUCAUUGCCGUUUGCAAGCAGAAAGCCGACGGAGACGAUUACGCGGCCGCGGCACUGGACCCUGACAAGAAUCCCGACCUCAUUCCGCCCACGAAAGUCAAAGGCGGAAGCAGAGGUAAUAUCGGAUAUCGCGUUGUGCAGCAACUGCCAAUGGGAUUAAAUGAUGAUGACAACGAUGAAAACUUAGAAGCUGCCGAAUCAUCAGACGAUGAACGAGCCGGUUAUCCAACGCUUCCGGUGGAUGGUAUUAGUUCGCGUCCAUCGGUCAAUUCACUUCGACACGCCGCAGCAUCAGUUGGCCCAGGCUAUAGCAACAAUGGGUAUAGGCCGGAACAAUACAUGACGAAAACCACAACGAUAUCGUCGCGGUUACCACCGUACCAUCACCGAGAAAUCGUAACGGUACGGACGCCGCUCAUGUCUAGCCAACAAGAAAGCUGCGUUUAAAAACAAUAACCAAAACAAAAAAAUAAUAAUUAUUAUCAACCACCAUGGUAUAUUAUAUUCAAAUGGUUUUCAUUUACUUUGUACACAUUAAAUAGAUAGUACUUAUUAUAUUAUUGCCCUUACCCUACCCCCUCCAAACCUCUAUAUUAUUAUGAUGAUUAUAAAUGUGUAUUGUAAAUGUAUUUUGUCAAUAACUUCUUAAACGUAUAAUAUUAUUAUAACGAGAACGUUUCGCUUCUGCUAACAUUGUUUUCCCAGGACGUUUAUGAAAUUUGUAACAUUUGUACCAGAUCGUUUCCUUUUAACGUCCUGCACCUUAUAUGUUUUGCGUUUGUUUGAUCAUCAUAUUAACCUCUGUUUUAAUGAAUAUUUACUUGUUGUAUUAUAAUUUUCAAAUUUCAACUUAGAAAACGAAUGUAACUGACACAUUCGUUAAUUUGGAACUAAAUUGCGAACCCUUGUUAUUUUCACAUGUCCGGCUGAACACGAUUUCCAACAACCUUAACGGUAUCAGAACGACAUAAUACAUUACUUAUAGCUAAAUGUAAAACAGAUUGGGUACUAAUUACGUUUUGUUCGCUGUAUUUUUAUUCUACCGAGAAUGAAUGGGAAUUCAAUCAUUAUUUGUACAUGAUAAUAUUAUUAUACCUAAUAAAAAUUGUUGAUUUUUGUUUUCAUAUUUAAUGAAAAAAAUUAAUAAAAGACAAAAUUCUUCUUUGGAUCAUGACGAUUUAUGAUGCAAUUAUCCUAAAUUUUACGGCCGCUUAUUAUAAAUACUGACCAAAUUAUAGAAAUAUCCUCCUCCACAUAAUGUCGUUUAGAAGACGUUAGUAGGCUAAUAUAAUUCCACUAAAAAUCAUGUAAAAUUGUAUGAUAAAAAUAUUUUAUUGAAAUAUAUUCAUAGUUAUAUAUACCAAAGUUCCAACAUUGCUGGUUCUUUGCUGGCAGACAGUUGUUAAAUGUGUAAAAAUGUGUUUAAAUUUUUAAUAUUAUUGGCUAGGGAAUUGUUGUUGUUUGUAUUUAAGUUUGAAAAAAAAAUUGUUUAAUUAAACUUUUCUUCGAUUCGCACUAGCGAAAUUGUCAGACCAUUGAGGGAUAAGGUAUGAUAUUUUAAACAUUUGUUUACAUUUUUUAUUAUUAUUGAUAUAGAUGUUAUAUUUGAUGUACAUAUUUAAUUAUCGAUAUCAAUAAUGAUAUUGAGUUACCCGUAGUAAUUAUGAAGUAUAAUAGCAUUUUAAUUAUAAAUAUCAAAAUCAUUGUUGAUGGUACA